AAAUAAAAUUAAAUGCAUCUUUUAGGCAUAAACCCAUAUCUGAUCAUUUACUGUGAGAACCAAUCAGUGAAGUCCAUCGCCAAGAAGAACUCUUUGAAGCCGGCUUUUGAAUUUAGCGCCAUUUUCCACAGGAAGAAGGUCACAGAGCCCCUAACAGUGCAGCUGUGGAGCGAUGACCUUGGACCGGACAAGUUUUUGGGCCAGGUCAUGCUGUCCGGGAGGCCUGAUGACAACACUCACAUUCAGCUGCUCCAGCUGAAGGAUAAAGGUAGUAAGAAUGGGUACGAUAUGCCCGGGAAAAUCAUCCUGAAGAUCCUCACUUCAAACAAGCUGACGGCCUUAUAAAGAGACGGCGCCUUCAUCAACAUCGAAAACAUACAGUAUCGUUGUGUGUUGAACCAAAACAGCUCAAUCACUGUCCACCUGAGUUAAUUUUUAUAAAGUUAGGAGGAAGGAAGAUGCUUCUGACCAGAUUUUGGGUUAAUUUUUGAUUCCUUGUCAUUCUUAUUGAACAUGAGUAACCUUACUUUUAAUAAGAUGUAGAGAAACUCCAUUAGUUUAUAAAUCUAGAACAAACUUAGGAAUCAUUCAUAGAGAAUCAAUAUUUAGCUUUAUAUUGUGCAAAUCUAGAACUCAACCCAGAAAAACUGGAACCAACAUUUAGUUUUUACCUCACUAAUCUUCCCAAACAUGGAGAACCAACAUGUGUUUUUAUCAGAACAAGAAUCCAGAGAAACUCCUACCAGUUUAUAUGGAUGAAUUAUUCUUACUCUUAUUAAACAUGGAGCCAAUAUGUAAUUUUAUACUUUUACAUUUUUGUCUUUCUUUUGGUUUUGUUGGUUUGUUUGUAUUUCCUUCUGAUUCAUGUGAAGCUCUUUGAUCUGCCCUGAUGCUGAAAAUGUGAUAUAAAAAUUACUUUACCUUCUUUUCAUAAACUUGUUCUAGUUUUGACUAUGUAUUUUUUGUUUUUGGAAAAUAAUUUCUUCAUGAAGCUAUACUGUGAAUAAAAUUAAGUCAGUGACAUUAAAACUUGAUGCAAAUACACCAUUUUAUCCAUUAAAAAAUAUUCAUACGUCAUCGUUUGUAUCGCUUUUAACAACAAAGCAGGUGAUGCUUUGCAUGUUUGACAACUUAAAAAUAAAUGUAUUCUCCAGAC